CCCCCCUGGGCGGGCUGCUGGGCCCGUGCGCGGCGCGGCUGGGCUCCCCCAAGAGCCGGUUCGAGGGCCUGUGCCUCCUCUCGGUGCUGGUGAGCCGCAGCAGCACGCCCACCUUCCGCCACCACUGCCUGGCCUGGCUGCGCAGCCUCCAGCACGUCCUGCAGUCCCCGGACCCUCCCCCCACCAUGGAGCUGGCCGUCCUGGUCCUGCGAGACCUGCUCGAGUACUCCUGCCAGCUGCCCGACCUGGCAAGGGACAUCGGCACCAACCACAUCCCGGGACUCCUCACCUCCCUGCUGGCCCUCAAGCCCGAGUGCCAGAUCUCUGCCCUGGAAGGAAGCAAGGCUUGCAUGAAGUUCUAUCCACGUGCUUGUGGCUCCUUGCGAGGGAAGCUGGCAGCCUUCUUCUUGGCCUGUGUGGAUUCAGAAAUGCCUCACCUGCAGCAGCUGGCCUGCGACUGCUAUGCCCUCCUGCCCUCCCUGGGGGCCGGCUUUGCACAAGGACUCAAGUACACGGAAUGCUGGCAGCAGCAACUCCACUGCCUCUUGGCCACGCUGCACGGCCUGCUGGGAACUCUCUGUGAGGGCGCAGAGACAGAGCCUCUGCAUUACGAAGGGCCUGGGGUGGAGAUCCCUUUGCCGGCGCCAGAAGAGGGGCAGACAGACUUCCUUCUCCACCUGAACCUCCGGUUUGCAGGCUUGGCCAGGUGCCUCUGCAGGAUGCUGAGGAAUGACUUUCCAGCGCCUGUAACAGUCCCCGUGCAGGACAUCCUGGACCUUGUCUGUCGCGCUCUCAGUGUCUCCACCAAAAACAUUGGUUGGUUUGGCGAUGGUCCAUUACGGGUGUUGUUUCUGCCUUCGAUCCACCUGGAGAUCUUGGACGUGCUCUCUGCUCUCAUCCUGGCGUGCGGCCCUCGGCUGGUGCGCUUGGGGGGGGCCCUCUGCCGCCUCUUCCCGCAGGUGCUGACCACUUGGAGUGCUGGGCAACAGGACCUGCUUCUCCCUGGGCAGGAGCGCCCGUACAGCGCAGUGCGGACGCGCCUGUACCAGGUGCUGGAUCUCUGGGUACAGGUGGCUGGAGCAGCGUCUGGGGUCCUGCAGGGGCAGCGGCCACACAGCGAGGCCCUUCUGGGCCACUUGAUUGCUGACAUCAGUCCUCCGACGGAGACGCUCAAGCUGCGAGAGGGCUGCUCCGGCUCUGAUGGGAAGCCCAGCGCCCCCAAGAGACCCCGGCUGUCUGAUCUGGGGAGUCCGGGGCCCUCUGCCCACCGCAAGCACGACCCCUGGGCAAACAGUGACGUCUGCCUGGCAGCCCUGCAAGGUCUGAGCCGCAUCGUUCUCCUCAGCGGGAGUCUCCUGAAGGAGCAGGCCCACAAGAGGCUGCAAGAGCUGGUGAUCCCCCUGCUGAUUCGCCUGAGCCAGGCCGACCCCCUCCCCGGCUCCCCCUACUCCAGGGCCGGCUGCCGACAGGAACUCUACCGCCUGCUCUUGGCCUUGGUGUUGUCGCCGGCCCCCUCCUGCCCGCCACCUCUGCACUGCGCUCUCGGGCUCCUGCGGCAGGGCCGUGCAGAUGCCAGCCUCCAGGUCUCCUCUUUCUGUGCGGAGGCUCUGGUGACCUGCAACGCCCUGCUCCAUCCGCGGGUGCCGUCUCUGCAGCUCCCGCUGGCGGGGCCUUCUGGCCCACCCCCCGGCUCCUCCGAGAUCUCCUCGCCCGCCAUGGCCUCCCCCUUCCGCCCCACCCCCCCUCUCCCCUUCCCUGCCGCCCGCCUCCCCCCGCCCGCCUCCCCUUCUGCGCCCCCCUCCGUGGGCCCCCCGGCCAAUUCCCUGGGGCUGCCUCUGCCCAACCUGAGCUUGGGCCAGCUGCCCCCCCGCCUGACCCCCGAGGAGCCCACCCUCCCGGCAUCUCCUGGCACGGCAGAAGCGGCGGCCUUGGCGGCGGGAGCCAAGAUGCGGCGCCCGAUCUUCAUCCACUAUGACAAGGAGGAAGAGGAGGACGUGGAACUCUCCCUGGAGAGCGACUCCGAUGACAGUGUGGUCAUCGUGCCCAAGGGGCUGCUGGGAAAGACGGCCAAUCACAUGAGUGGGGCGGUGGUGACAGUGCCAGCCCCCGCCCCAGCCGUGCCCCUGCCCUUGCCUCCGGCAGCCCCUCCCCCGCCGGUGCCCCCCUCUUCUCCCCCUGGGCCAGCCCAGGAGGAAGCCCUGGCGGAGCCCCUCCCCCUCGGCCCCCCGCUCCCUCCCUCGGCAGCUCCGCUGGUGCUGCCCCCUUCCCCCGCCCCUCCCAUGGCAAGCGAAGCCUCCCUGCCCGCCCUGGUGGAGGAGGAGGAGGACACCCCCACCGUCAUCAACAUCAACAGCAGCGAGGAAGAUGAGGAAGACGAGGAGGAGGAAGACGACGAGGAAGAUUUCCCCGAGGACGAGGAGUAUUUUGACGAGGAGGAAGAGGAAGAAGAAUUUGACGAGGAGGAGGAAGAGGAAGAGUUUGAAGGGGAGCUGGAUGAGGAGGAGGAGGAGGGAGAGCUGGAUGAGGAAGAGCUGGAGGAGCUGGGCGAAGAGGAGGAGGAGGAGUUCGAUGAGGAGGAAGAGGAAGGGAUGACAGAAGACGAAAAGGAGGAGGAGGAAGAGGAGGAAGGCCUGACAGAAGAGGAAGAGGAUGGGCUGCCACCCCCCUUGCCCCCCCGGAGUGAGGAGCAGCCUCCUGAGCUGCUGCCUGGGAAGGAGGCGCCCCCCAAGCUGGUGGGGGAGGAAGAGGAAGGGGCGGGGCUUCUCAUGGAGGUGGAGGAGGAGGAGGCCUUCCACCCCCCGGAGGAGGAGGAGGACCUCCUGAUGAUGAAGGCAGAGGAGCCUGCCUCCUCGCCCCCUGCCAAAGUCCUGCCAGGGCCACCCCUCCUGCUUCCGGGCCCCUCGGCCCCUCCGCUGCCCUCCAGACCGGACGCUGCCCCUGAGGGCCAGGAGGAGAAGCCCCGUGGGGAGCUGGAGGGUCCUCCGGGUGGGGCAGCCCCUGCAACUGCUUCUCCUGGGGCCCCCCCAGUGGAGGAAGAGGAGAAGAAGGCCGUGCCCCCUGGAGGCCACCUCGCAGAGGUUGGGGAGCCAUCCUCGGAGAAGCCCCCCCCACCGCCGGAGGAGGAGGUUGUGGAGGUGAAGGAGGAGGCAACGCCACCCGAUGAGACAGAAGCCAUGUUGGCAGACUUCGUGGACUGCCCCCCGGAUGAGGAGAAGGGGCCGGAGGAGGAGGCCACCUCCUGACCCCCAGGAGAGAAGGAGCGGCGUCAUGGGGGGGGGGAGGGGCUGGGUCGUGUGUUUUGUAUGAAUGGAAAAGUCCAAUAAACUUUCUGGGUUUGA